AGAGGUAUUUAAAUUGGAGCCCCAGUCGCCCUCUCGUGGGUCAGGCUCCCGUGGGGCGGUGGAGCGGCCGUGCGCCUCCUCGGGCCGUGACCCCGGGGUCUGGCGCGGGGUGGGACGGGGAGGGCAGGUUUGCGCAAAAUGUGCCGGGGCUGCCCGGGAGAGGAGCGGCGGCCGCGCUGAGCCAGGUCUAAUUCCCCCGUGGGCUGCACAUGUCUCCAGAACGGGGCUUGCCCUUAGUGAUUCACUGCUGGCUGGGAACAUCCAGAGCAGCUCUCCCAGGACCCGACUCUGCCCGUGAUCCAGGCUGAGAGGAGGGAGAGGAGCACCCAGGAGCACCCCGAAGCCCGGCUGGCACUAGCCAUGAGCCACCAGAUUCUGCUGCUUCUGGCCGUGCUGACCCUGGGCCUGGCUACCUCCCAACACCGAGACAAGGUGCCCUGUAGGAAGGUGGACAAGGAGGUCUGGUGCCAGGGCCGUGGCUUGCUCCAGGUCCCCUCGAUGCUCUCGCGGGACAUCGAGGUCCUCAACUUAUCUGGGAACCAGCUGCGGAGCAUCCUGGCCUUGCCCCUGGGCUUGUACACGGCACUCCGUCACCUGGACCUGAGCGCCAACGAGAUCAGCUUCCUCCAGCCAGGGGUCUUCCAGGCCCUGCCCCACCUGGAACACCUCAACCUGGCCCACAACCGCCUGGCGGUGGGCACGGCGCUGAACACUGGGGGACUGGGCCCCCUGCAGCACCUGACGUCCCUGGACCUGUCGGGGAACAGCCUGUACAGCGGCCUGGCGGAACAGCUGCUGGGGGAGGCGCCUGCGCUGCGCACACUCUCCCUGGCGGAGAACAGCCUGACGCGCCUGGGCCGCCACACCUUCUGGGGCACACCCGCCCUCGAGCGGCUGGACCUGCACAGCAACGUGCUGAUGGACAUCGAGGACGGCGCCUUCGAGGCCUUGCCCCGCCUGGUGCACCUCAACCUCUCCAGGAACUCCCUCACCUGUAUCUCUGAUUUCAGCCUCCAGCAGCUGCGCGUCCUGGAUCUGAGCUGCAACAGUAUCGAGGCCUUUCAGACGGCCCCGGAGCCGCGGGCCGAGUACCAGCUCGCCUGGCUCGACCUGCGGGAGAACAAACUGCUCCACUUUCCCGACCUGAGCGCACUCCCGAGACUCAUUUACCUGAACGCGUCCAACAACCUCAUCCGGCUCCCUGCGGAGCCACCCCGGGGUGGAGGCGAGGGCCUCCACGCGCCUUCCGAGGGCUGGUCAGCCUUGCCCCUCUCCAACCCCAGCCGCAAUGCCAGCACCCAACCCCUCUCCCAGCUCUUGAAUCUGGAUUUGAGCUACAAUGAGAUUGAGCUCGUCCCGGAGGGCUUUCUUGAGCCCCUGACCUCCCUGCGGUCCCUGAACCUCAGCCGGAACUGCUUGCGGGCCUUUGAGGCCCGGCCCGUGGGCUCCCUGCCCUGCCUGACGCUCCUGGACGUCAGCCACAAUGCGCUGGAGACGCUGGAGCUGGGCGCCAGGGCGCUGGGGUCCCUGCGGACGCUGCUCCUACAGGACAAUGCCCUGCGGGACCUGCCCCCGUACACCUUCGCCAGCCUGGCCAGUCUGCAGAGGCUUAACCUGCAGGGGAACCGGUUCAGCCCCUGCGGGGGCCCAGCUGAGCCUGGACCCUCAGGUUGCGUGGCCUUCUCUGGCAUCUCCUCCCUCCGUGUCCUGAACCUGGCAGACAAUGAGAUGGAGAUACUGCGGGCGGGUGCCUUCCUCCACACGCCACUGGCCGAGCUGGACCUCUCCUCUAACCCUGGGCUGGAUGUGGCCCCAGGGGCCUUGGCGGGCCUGGAGGGCUCCUUGGAGGUCCUGGCCCUGCAGGGCAAUGGGCUGGACGUCCUGCAGGUGGACCUGCCCUGCUUCAGCUGCCUCAAGCGGCUCAAUCUGGCCGAGAACCGCCUGAGCCGCCUGCCUGCCUGGACACAGGCUGUGUCCCUGGAGGUGCUGGACCUGAGAAACAACAGCUUCAGCCUCCUUCCAGGCAGUGCCAUGGGAGGCCUGGAGAACAGCCUGCGGCGCCUCUACCUGCAGGGGAACCCCCUCAGCUGCUGCGGCAAUGGCUGGCUGGCAGCCCAGCUGCACCAGGGCCGUGUAGAUGUGGACGCCACCCAGGACCUGAUCUGCCGCUUUGGCUCUCAGGAGGAGGUGUCCCUGAGUCACGUGCGUCCCGAGGACUGUGAGAAGGGGGGGCUCAAGAACGUCAACCUCAUCAUCAUUCUCACCUUCGCGGUGGUGUCUGCCAUCCUGCUCACCACUCUGGCCACCUGCUGCUGUGUGCGCCGGCAGAAGUUUAGCCAACAGUACAAAGCCUAGAGGGUUUGGAGGCCACACACGGGCUCUGUCGGGAGACCCUGCUGGGGCAGUGGGGGAGCCAGAGGCACGGAGAAGAGUGGGGACUGACCCAUGAUCACACAGUGAGCCAGGGUCCAAGACCCUUGGUCUCUCCAUCCCAGCCCAGAGCUCCUUUCCCUGUGUCCUGCUAUACCAGUAGGUGACCCACUUCUCAGGCCGCACAUCAUGGGGUCCAGCUGUGGAAGCCGGAAGUUGGGCAGUUUCAGAAGUGACAGAGGGUAAGGCUUACCCUACCAGAUCUUCAGAUCUUUGCCAAGCAUCUGUUUUGUGCCACACCCUGCCCUGGGCACUGAGGGUGCCAGGUUAUGAGACACAUCCCUGCCCUCAACAUUGCCCAGUCUGGGUGGGCAGGUGGUUGCAGAGUGUGCGGUCACCAUGUGGAGUGUGAAAGCCAGGGCUCCAAAGUUCUGCAGCCCCAGCUGGCUGAAUGUGGAUAGUCCUGCCCUGGCUGGGCCAGGGCAAGAAAGGGGCAAGACCAAGAGGAUUUGUCUGAGACAUUUCCAAGCAGACUAUUUGUCACAUCUUCUGAUAAUGACUUUCAGCUUCUCUGGAACAUGAAGAGCUUGUGACCGGAAGAGAGCUGGAGUCACUUGAGUAAGGCUUGGAUCCAGUGCUGUUAGGCAGGCUGCGGCAGCUCUGGCAGGGUCUGGUUAAGAGGCAGUCUCCCUGGGCUCUGGCCCGGCACUGGACUGGUCUGUUUCCUGCUCUCAACAGGCGCUUUCCUACCUGGCUCCCUCAGGUUGCACACAGAGGUCCAGAUAACUGCCCUAGCCCUCCCCCCAUUCCCUGUCCAGGCCCUGCUCAGGCCUACUGCUCCAGCCCAGCCCCACCCUGGCCGGUGAGCCAGGAGUAAGACCCUUAUGGAUCUGGUUCUGUUUUACACCACACUUGGCAGCAGUGACAAACCCAAGCCUGUGUUUGCCUCUUUAUGACAACCCUCUGAGGUUGGUAUAUUAUCCCUUUUAACUAGAGGCUCUGAAAGUCUCCCUCCAGGGAUCGCCAGCUAAGAAAUGCCAGAGCUGAGCUCCAGACUCAUAUCCUCCUGCGUCCAGAGCCUGAGCUUGGCCACUGCAGGGGCUGCAGGCUGUAAGAUGGACAGGAAAUGGCCCCAUAUGGCUGGAACAGGGCCAGGGAGCAUCUGGGCACACCCACCCGCUCUUCUCCUUCCUCUCUUCCAGGCGGGCAGAGAGAAGACAGGCAGCCACAGGCCUGCUCCUCCUUCUGUGCCUCUGUUUCUCUUAUUCCAUCCUUUGCUGACUGGGAGGGCUCUCCUUUUCUCAUCUAGCCCUUGAAUUCCCUCCCUCUCCCUCUGUUGAGCAUAGCCUGAAACUUGAGACCAUUGAGUCCAACCUCCCUGGUACAUAGAUAGAACAGCUGAGACUUAGGAAGAGAAUGGGACUUGCUCAGAGCUGCUCAAGUCAGGACAGAGCCUGUGAAAAAAGGUGGAUUCAGACCUCACUGAGGGAGUCAGGGUUGGGGGGCUUGGGGGUUGGACCUGGGCAGUUUUCCUUCUCUCUCUCAGCUGUCACAUCACAAGAUGAUGCUGGCUCCAACCUCCCUUUCUGGUCCUCAUCAUGCAGGGAAGUUUCUUCCCCCUAGAAAAAUGCAUAGAAAAAUCCCAUGCAGAUAUAAGCCAUGGAAUUGUGGGCUGUUUGGGGACAAAGGAAGCCCUGGGAUGAGCCCAGGACUCUGUGUCGUUGUCUUCACCUUCUUACUGUGCUUGGCCUGUACUCAGGCUCAUGAUGGUGCUCGGUAAAGUAUGAGAUGAUGAAAACGGCCCUCUGUCCACCCCAUUUUACAGAUGAGAAGACUGAGGUUGAGAGAGGGUCAAAGACUCAGGGAGUCCAUGGCAGAGCAGGGCCAGAACCUGGCCUGGUGGCCUGGCCCCAGCCGGGGGCCCUGGUGGUGAAUGGGGCAGCUGGUGGGUCCAGUCCUGUUCGGGAUCAUGACCACAGGUGCUCACUGCACACAAACACUCUUCCUCAGGCCUGAGGGCAAGGCGUGGGCCUUUUCUUGCCUGAUCUUUGAAAACACUACACGAUGCUGCUCUCACCUCCGGGGAGCCAGGCCACAACCCAGGCCUCAGGACCCGCUCUUUGUGUAACCCACAUGAAUGUAUUAAAAAAUGAUUUUGGAGAAAUGGUGCAGCCUGCCGGCCUCCUCCUUGCUGCUGGGAAUCUUCGAAUCCACUUGAACCCUGCCCUCCUCUACUUCCCUUCCAGCCUUUGAAGCCUCAUGGCAGACCCCUGGGGAGACAGGCUGAAGACCGCUGGGUGGGAGACUGAGGCCCUGGGUCUCACCAUCUUGACUCUUGGUGCCUCAGCCACCAUCAUGUCCCCUGCACACCUCUGUCUCCUCACACUCGGCAAACCCCGCUCCCCACCCAUGAAGAAGAUGGUGACUCCCAGCAGGAACUUGUUAGCGCCUUUCUCUCUCUGCAGCUCCAUUCGAGUGCUUUCUCUGUACCCUCUCCCCACCCCGUCUAGAGGCAGCCCUGGGCAUGUCCUGUCCUCUCUCAUUUAUUUUCUCACUUUCCUCUCCUUUCAGCCUCUCCUCUCUGCUUCUGUCUUCCUCGCAGAUAUCAGCUGUGCCCAAGUCUUGCCCAUCUUAAAAACAGUAUGAAGACCCUUAAGCCACUUUCCCCUUUCCUUUCCUGACAUCAUGGGUAAACACCUCAGUAAAGUAGCUUCCUCUCCCUCCCCUCCAUCCUAAUCUAUUCCAGGCCACUUCCAGCUGUCUCCAGCAAUCUCCCCAACCCAGGACUGAGGUCAAAGGAUGUACUUUUCAGACCACACCUCCCUGACUCCUCCACAGCGGGGCCCCUCGCCUCUAUUCCCCCAAUCACCCACACCCUCCCCUUGGGACACUCCCCUGACAUCUAGGACCCCAGAUACCUUCCUCUCAGGCAACUCCUUUUCAGGCUUUGCUGUGUGCUCACUUUCUUCAAGCCAUCAGAAUGGCAAUCAGCAGGACUCUUCUCUCAGGAACGUUAUCACACUCACUGAUGUGGCUGCCCCAUCACUCUAAUGAUGCCCAUAUCUCGGUCUCCAGCCCCAGGCCUUCCUGAGCAUCCAGCCCUGCUACCCUGACACCCAAAGGCCUCCCCAGCUAGAGAGUUAAAGGCCCCCCAGGGGCUGGAGGAUUGAGAGUGAUCAGCCAGGCUGCUCAAAGUUGAGCUUGGAAGAAUCAAGAGGGGUCAGAAGAAGAGCAUUCCUGGUUCCUAGAAGGGAGUUGGAGGAUGAGAGUGUGGGCUGUGGGGUCUAGGGGAAGCAACAAGAGUUGCCCCCCUGAGGUGGGAGUGGGAGUCUGGUGAGGGGCACUGAGGCAAAGUCUAGAGGGCAGGGAGUGGGCCCCCAGUCUCUCCCACUUUGCAGCCCUCUGUGCUUGUCUUCAUGUGGUUCCAUCUCCCCUUCUCAGCUGCCUGACAGCCAGACACUAUCCCCUCUGCAGGUGCCAACCUUCUCUUCUCCACCUUCUCUCCCACAGGCUCCAGCUCUGCCUCCCCCAUCCCCCAAGUACCCUGGAGAUUUCUCCAGCCCAGCUUCUUCUCUGGGCUGUGGCCUCUCACCUCUCUGUUCCUGCUCCCAGCUCCCACUCUCCAAAGGAAAAAUUGAAAUGCCUAUUUCAUGGAUGGGGCUGGGGGCGGGGGGCGGCGGUGAGCAUUUAUGUGA